GGGUUUGACCCUUCACCUUUGACAUCAGCCAUUUUGAUAUUUCUGCUGAUGUGCCCUGUCAGGCUCGUGCUCUCCAGUUUAGUACUACAGUGUAGUAUUUUGCCCGUUAUUUCUCGUUCAGGAUUAGUUAAAGGGCCAUAUUUAGGCCCACCGGACCUAGUAGUGACUGGAAAAGAAUCACAUCGUCCUUUCGGAGGGUGACCAGCGUGGCUACUGCACAAGUAAAUAAAAUGGCCAGCAAAGGGGACAUGGACAGACACAUGGCUAAACACACGGGUGGAAUGCCUUACAGGUGUGGGGAGUGUGAAUGCACCACAGAUAGCCAGUCAAACCUGACCAAGGACAAUAAGAUGGUACAUACCAGUGAGAUGCCAUACAAGUGUGAUCAAUGUCACUUCUACAUGUGUGGGAAGUGUGAAUACAAGACACAUUGGCAGCCAAGCCUGACAAGACACAUUAAGAUGGUACAUACCAGAGGGAAGCCGUACAAAUGUGACCAGUGUGACUUCUGCACAGCUAAGAAAGGGGACCUGGACACACACAUAGCUGAACACUCUGGUGAGAAACCCUACUUGUGUGAGAAGUGUGGGUACAGGACAGCCGACAAGAUUCAGCUAUCUCGUCAUAUGAGGAUGCAUCUCCAUACAGAACAAAAGCACCAGUGUGACCAGUGUGCCUUCAGCACGCUUUUGAAAUCGAGUUUGGACAACCACAAGUUAAAACAUGUAAGUGAAAAGCCUUACAUGUGUGGGGAGUGUGGGUACAGGACAGAUCACUUCUAUGUUCUGUCUACGCAUAUGAAGAUACACACAACACAGCAGUCGUUUAAGUGUGGCCAGUGUGCCUAUUGCACAUCUAGAAAAUCAGCUCUCAUUCAACAUAUGGCUAUGCACACUGAUGAGAAACCCUACAUGUGUGGUGAGUGUGGGUUCAGGACAAGAUUAAAGUCCGCCCUGUCAUUGCAUAUGAAGAAACAUACAGAAGAGAAGUCCCACAAGUGUGACCAGUGUGACUACCGCACAGUUAGAAAAGGGAAUUUGGACAAACACAUGGCUAAACACACUGUGGAGAAACCGUACAAGUGUGACCAGUGUGACUUCAGCGCAGCAAAGCAAGGACAGUUGUAGAAACACAUUGGUAAACACAAGCACACGGCUCAGAUGAUAAACCUUUCAUGUGUGGUUUGUGUGGAUUCAGGACUGGUGACAAGUCUAGUCUGUCAAGCCAUUUAAAGAAGCACAGAGAAGCUUUGUGAUAACAGCUUGGAUAAGAAAGUACAUCUGGAACUACACACAGCUUAAAAAGCAGACGUGAGUACCCACAUGUCCAAACACUCUGGUGAGAGGCCCUAG